GCCACCCGCAUUUCAAAGUGCUUCUGUGUCAGUCUCAGAGCUUCGCAUACCUCAAACCAUCUCCGUCUCCUCAACGAUGCCGAGCCGAUUCCCGGGAGCCAUCACGCAGGACUGGGACACCGUCGUCCUCCACAAGUCGAAGCCCAAGUCCCAGGACCUCCGCGACCCCAAGGCCGUCAACCAGGCCCUCCGCUCCGGCGCGCCCGUCCAGACCGUCAAGAAGUUCGACGCCGGCUCCAACAAGAAGUCCUCGGCCCCGGCCAUACACGCCCGAAAGCUGGACGAGGCUGCGGAGCCGGCGGCGCUCGAGAAGUUGCCCGCGGAGGUGAGGCAGGCCAUACAGAAGGCGCGGCUGGAGAAGAAGAUGAGCCAGGCCGAGCUGGCGAAGCAGAUAAACGAGCAGCCCAAGGUGGUGCAGGAAUACGAGAACGGCAAGGCAGUGCCGAACCAGGCCGUGCUCGCGAAGAUGGAGCGGGUCCUGGGCGUCAAGCUCAGGGGCAAGAUCGGGAAGUGAUCGCGGCGGGGAAUCCAUGGCGUCUGAGGACGCCGUGGGUUUAUGACCGCUUUAGUGGGAUCGCCAAAAGGACGAUGAGAUUCGAAUAAUCGAUCGGGGCGAGCGUAGUUGCAAGCUGCUUCUGUCUUCUUCAAAGGCGUCUGGAGAAGAAUCUGGAAUUAAUAUCCGACACUGUAAAUAGAUCUUGAUCUUUCU